AUGGCUAUAAUAGUAAUAUAUGAUCCAUGGUUUUAUUCCUGUACUGAAUGUUUAUCACUUGUUAGCAAGCCUCAGAUGGUGUGGCGGUUAGAUGUGACAUUGCAUUGGUUUCAGCUAGAGGAUUGGAGUACUUGCAUAAUGGAUGUUAAAGCUAGUAACAUAUUGCUGGAUAAGGAAUGGAAGCCAAGGAUAUUACUUGCCAAGAUUGUGCAGGGAGGAUUGGACCUUGGCCAAGGUACCAUAUCCUUGGAGUUUCUUGAACAAAUCCCUCAAAUCGAUACACUUGUAGUACCAAUAAGUGGUGGCGGUAUGAUAGCAGGAAUAGCAAUAGCUGCCAAGGCGAUUAAUCCGGCUAUUCGUAUUUUGGCUGCUGAGCCUAAAGGAGCUGAUGAUGCAGCUCAAUCCAAAGCAGCCGGAAGGAUAAUAAAAUUGCAUGAGAUAAAUACUAUCGCAGACGGUCUUCAAGCAUUUCUCGGAGACCACACAUGGCCAGUUGUACGAGAUCUUGUUGACGAUAAAAUCACAGUGGAAGACUUUGAAAUCAUCAAAGCAAUGAAACUAUGUUUUAAAAUUCUGAAGAUUGUUAUCGAACCAAGUGGAGCUAUUGGCCUUGCUGCUGUGUUAUCUGAAACUUUUCAAAAGAAUCCUACUUGGAAGGAUUGCAAACAUAUAGGAAUCGUAGUUUCAGGGGGAAAUGUUGAUAUGGAUGUGUUUUGGGAGUCUUUGAACAAAUGA